AUGUAUUCACCACCGGAUCGUAGCAGCGCAGCAGGAAAAACUGCACUUCCAAUUAUUGGAGCUAUAUGUUGUGGAGCUCUUCUUUUAUUAUUACUUGCUGCUACUAUUGUACUAGCACUUAUACCCAUUUAUACACCAACUAAAUCAGCUGCAUUAAGAUCGGGUGCAACAAGAAGUUCUCCAGUCACAAUGUAUCUCAAUGCUGGUAGUACAAGCAAUGGAAGACGAAAAAGACAAACAUCAGGAAAUAGUGGAUUAUUGAAUUGUAUUGGUGGUAAAUUUGCACCAUCAGCCAAUAAAAUGGUUGAAGAUGGGCUUCGUAGGGCUUGUCGAUCGAAUAAAAAAUUCAGCAAUGUAGAAGUAUCAAGUACUGAAGUAUCAGCCGAAAGUACUAGUAGACGAAAACGUUUUUCACUUGUAAAACGUCAAUCUGCUAGAUUUGUCUUAAAAGUUAUUUGCUUCUUCUACUUUGUGUCAACAUGUGGUUAUCAAUGUCAAUCAAAUUUUGGUCCUGCUAUAGCAGCUCUAGUCAGAGCUAAUGCACCAUCUUCAAUGUCUCUUACUAAUGUUCAAGUACUUAAUUCAAGUGGAUCACAAUGUGCACUUAUAGCUUUUCUUAGUAUUUUAGAAGUUUUAGCCAUAUCACGUAUAGGACCUGGAUCAGCUUCUUUCGCUGCAUUACCUGCACGUCCAAUAGCUGUUAUAUCAACAGCCACUCCUAGCACAACGACUACUACAGUAUCAGGAAAUAUGGCUGGUUAA